CCCAGGGGGAUUCGGGCCGGCCGGUCGCCCCGGGAGGGAAGAUGUCGGCGGUGCGGGUGUGGGCGUUGGCGGGGCUGCUGUGGCUGCUGUGCGGGAAGUCCUCCCCGGAGCCCAACGAAUUCCGGCUGCUCCGGCUCCAGCAGGCCUGGGAGAAGGCGCAGCGGCUCCAUCUUUCGGCCGUGAAACUGGCCGAACUCCACAGCGACCUGAAGAUCCAAGAGAAGGACGAGUUCACCUGGAAGAAGCUCAAGGCGGACGGCCUGGACGAGGACGGAGAGAAGGAGGCCAGGCUCAGGCGCAGUUUCCACGUGAUCCUGAUGAGAUACGGGCUGGACGGGAAGAAGAACGCCCAGCUGACAGACACCAACUUCAUCGAGGGUGGCUCGGACAGCGAGGUCCUCGAUGACCCGCGGCUGGAGAAGCUCUGGAACAAGGCUAAAACGUCUGGGAAGUUUUCCAGCGAGGAGCUAGAUAAGCUGUGGCGAGAAUUCAAGCAUCACAAGGAGAAAGUUGAAGAGUACAAUAUGCUCUUGGAGACCGUGAGCCGGACAGAAGAAAUCCACAAAAACGUGAUCAGCCCGGCGGAGGAGGUCCCCGGGAAAGAGGCCGUCCUGCAGAGCAAGCACGCCGACCUCAAGGACAAGCUGCGACAAAUCCACCAAGGCUUCGACCGGCUCCGCAAAGUCAGCCACCAGGGCUACUAUGCCAGCAGCGAGUUUGAGGAGCCUCGAGUGAUCGACCUGUGGGACCAGGCCCAGACGGCCAACUUCACCAAGAAGGAGCUGGAAUCUUUCCGGGAGGAGCUCAAACACUUUGAGGCGAAAAUCGAGAAGCACCAUCACUACCAGAAGCAGCUGGAGAUCUCCCAGGAGAAACUGAGGCACCUGGCGGGGGCCGGCGACAAGGAGCACCUGAGCCACAACAAGGAGAAGUAUGCCCUGCUGGAGGAGAAGACCAAAGCCCUGGGCUACAAGGUGAAAAAGCAUCUCCAGGACCUGUCCAGCCGCAUCUCCAGGGGCCUGCAGCACAACGAGCUCUGAAGGGGGAGACCCUCGCGUCAAACCGUCCGGACCCCGGCUCCGCUCCCACCCUCACUCCCACCCGCUCCUUGGGGUCCCAGGAAGGAAGCCGGUGACCCCCUAAAAUGGACGAGGGAUUCACAGCUACGCCACGCUGCUUGGAACACGCGCUGGAGCCCUUCUUCAUCUUCUUCUUCCCCUCGUCAGUGCUUGGUCACAUAAUCAAUCGUGUAGUCCCGGUUCUGUAAACGCAUUCCCGGAAACCCCGGGGAGAAAGGCCCGGGGCGGAGAACUCCGCUACCAAAUAAACCAAAUCCUCUCCUCCCGACUGAGAUUAGAACCCGGGGCUUUGGCGAUCCAGUCUGUGUCCCCUUAACUCAUUCAUUCAUUCAUUCAAUCGUAUUUAUUGAGCGCUUACUGUGUGCAGAGCACCGGACUAAGCGCUUGGGAAGUACAAAUCAGCAACACGUAGAGACGGUCCCUACCCAAAAACGGGCCCGCAGUCUAGAAGGGGGAGACAGACAACAAAACAUGUAGACACGUGUCAAAACCGUCAGAAUAAACAGAGCUAUAUGCACAUCAUUAAUAAAAUAGAGUAGUAAAUAUGUACGGAUAGACCAUUUUUACUGUAAAGUGACUUGAUUUUGGUUAAUUUUCUUAUAAAAUUAUGAAAACUGGAAAAAAUUUCCUUUUCCAACACUACCACUUUUUGAAAAUUUGAAACUGUUAUCAAAAAUCACAAGAUUAUUCAAUAAACGGUAUUAAUAGGUG